AUGGCCGACAUUGCUGCGCCCCCACAGGCACCUCCCGCAGCCGCCAUGAGACUAUCCACCGCCCAGCCCGCCGCAAACGCGGCCGAGGAAGCCAUCCGCAAUCACCACCUCGGCAUGGACGUCUUCUCGCCCGUCAACCAGAACGGCAGCUUCGAGUUUGAUCGUGUGCUCAAGUCGGGCGAAGCGCAGAAGCGCACGCGAAAGACCAAGACCUGGAAGACCAUCUACCUCGUCCUGCGCCCCCACACCCUCUCCAUUUACAAGGACCGCGAAGAGACCAAGCUCCGCCACCAGAUCAUCCUCACCGACCUCACUGCCGUCGCCCGCCAGCGCGACCCCAAGAAGAAGGCCAAGAAUGUCUUCGGCCUCUUUUCUCCCUCGCGCAACUACCAUAUCGCCGCUCUCUCGGACAAGGAUGCGCAGGACUGGAUCGAGCUCAUCCGGCGCGAGGCUCGCAUCGACGAGGAGGAAGAGGAAAUGAUUCUGGCGAGCCCCAACGGCGGCAAGAACGUCACCUUCCACGGAUUCGAGCGGCGUAACCUGGGAGGAGCAGCCGCUGCCAGACCAAUGCGGAGCGAGAUCCUGUCCAGCGACACCUCCGACGGUGAGGCACUGGCUCGUCCGCCAAGCUCCAUGAAACGAGAUGAAAUACGCAGUGCACGCCGGCCGUCGCACACGCUCGCAUAUUCUGGUAACGAACAGGCGUCUUUCUCCGACUUUUCGGACAACCCGGCCUCGAGCAACUUCCAGGACUCGGCUUUGUCCUUUUCCCAGCCGAACGAGGGUUAUGUUUCGUCGGACAGGCCGGCGGGCUUGGGUAGGAACACGAGCCAGGCCAGUAAUGUUGGAGGUAACGCUGGCACCGUUGGCACCGUUGGCACUACUGGCACUACUGGAACUGCUGGAACUACUGGCACUACUGGCACCGCUGGAACAAUUGGAACAACUGGUACUGCCUCGAGCAAGCCGCGGGAUGAGGAGCGCGUCGUCUGCCAAGGCUGGCUGUACAUUCUGAAGAGCAAGGGCGGCGUCAGACAGUGGAAGAAGUUAUGGGGAGUGCUCCGACCGAAAUCCAUGGGUUUGUACAAGAACGAGGACGAAUACUCCGCCACGCUCAUCAUCCCCUUCCCCAACAUCCUCGACGCCGUCGACAUCGACCCAAUCAGUAAAUCCAAGCGUUACUGCAUUCAAGUCAUCUCCGAGGAGCGCAACUACCGCUUCUGCGCCCCCGAUGAGGACCAGUCGACGCAGUGGCUAGGCGCGCUCAAGAUGCUGCUCGCCAAGCGCAAAGAAGCCGAAGUGCAGCAGCGCGCAGCGGCCGAGAAGGCCGAGCGCGAGCGCGCUGCCGCCGGCCUCGGUGUCAUGAACACGGUCGGGACCGUCACCACCGGAAGCGGGAGACCCGAAGCGGCGAGCCCCAUGUCGGGCGGCUCUGGCGGCAGCGGCUCCGGCGGCAGCCACCGCGGAUCGCUGCCCGUGAGGUGA